CGGGUUGUUUGAUACUAGUCUCUUCCUCUUACACUUGACAGGAUACAAACGAUCUUACCUUAAAGAUUUCAGGUAGAUAAUUUCACAAAAACCUUAGUUGCUUCUUCUCUACCUGUAACUGCUACUUGCACAAGAAUCCAGAAAUUAAUUCCCGUAGAUAACGCAAGGCCGACACAACGCGUUCGAUAAAAUGCUUGAAAGAGUCCUGCUUUUUGGUUUUCGGGAAUUUUAAUCUAAUCGCUCAUUGCGCUGCUGUUUUUCUUUCAAAAUGUGGAGGAGGCUCUACGAAGGGUGGAAUGAAAUUCUGAAAAUCCAGAAGUUCAGAAGAAUGGUCUCGUAUGCUGGAUUUUACUGUUUUGUCACACUCGUCAGCUACGCCUACACCAACAACACAACCAGAGCUGGAUACUCGAGGGCUGAUCAAUUCUAUGCAUCUUAUCCAGCCGGGACCGAGCUUCUCACUGACACUGAAGCGUUGUAUAAAGCUGCGCUGGGCAAUUGUUUCGAACAAGAGGAUUGGGGGCCGAUUGAAUGGUGCAUUAUGGCAAAACAUUUUGAACGCCAAGGGAAGUCACCAUAUGCAUAUCAUGCACAAUACAUGGCACACCUUGCUUCCCAUGGACAACUUGAUGGAAGUGGCUAGCUGAAGGAUACUUAUAGCAAACCAACACGAGCACGAGAGCUCAAACUACACUGAAGUUGAUCAACAAUUUCAAGGAGAUUCAUGUUGAAGUGUAUCACGUUUCAAUUUUAGAUACCCUUUCUCAAUUAUUCACAAUUGGAAGGUUGCCUGCCGUCGAGAACUUUGUUAAUCCUUCAAUGGAAUGGUGAAUGUGCACCCAUCAAUUGUAACGAUCUUUCAAUUAAUAUACAUUUAUGACAAUUUCAAGAUAUUGUUCA